GACUGUUCUGGAGCCCAUUACUCUUGUUCAUUAGUUAUUUUAUGCCACUGAGAAACGCUCUAUCCUAAAGUGCUUAUUAAUACACCGAUAAAAGGCUUCCGGUUUGGGGAAAAACUUUUUUAGAGCUUCGUGUCCUUCUUCUUCUUCUUUUCCGAUUCGUUUCCUCCUUCUCUUUCAUCUUGGUACCUGUAGGGAAGGGAAUAUUCCUCGGCCUUCAGAUCACAGACAACAAAGCACUACGUGUAUCUGACCAAUCUAAAGACCGCUCUCCAGGUCCCUGCCGGUUUCCCGGCGGAACAGCAGAGGAGAAAUCGGCAGGUCCUCGUGGGUCGGCCACUGGCUGAGCUUACUGGAGGCCUGUAGUUCUCCACAGUUCUGGGAUGGGCUCUUCCACGCACAGGGCGGCGGGAGGGCGAAAGGAGAGGAUGUGGAGGCGUUAUGUCAACUAAUGCAGCACACGAAUGUGCAUCACAAAUCCAUUUGAAGAGGGAACCGUCUGCUUCUUAUCAUCCCCUCCUGUUCUCUUUUCUCACUUCCCCUUCCUCUCCCCUCUUUCGGUCCUUCCCCACUCUGCCUUUUCAGCGGGGCGCAAGCUACAAGGCAGGAAGAACCGAGGGUCUGAGUUGUGAAAACAAAACAAAGUUUAAGAGUCAGUAAAUACAAGCUACACCCAGAUUACUGAGAAAAGUGAAAUAAAAACCAGCUCAGAGCCAAAUUCCGGGAAGAUGCUGUAUGUUGGACUGACUUCGUGUUUUCACAUUUGUUGCCUUGAAGCUUUGGUCAUUAGUCUUCCGGUUCCUAAUACAAAAAAGUAAAUGCUGACUCGUGUCAUUGGCCUCAGAUACCACCGGAAAUGGCAUCUUCUCCCCAGCCGCUGGCUCAUAAGCAUAGAAGCACCCAGGGGUGAGCUUAUCUGCCUUCCAGCCCAGGCCUGGCCUUCUGAUCUACAGCCGACAAAGGAGCCCGUCUAGGGAAGAGAUCUCGGAUCAACUGAGAGGUACAUUUUCAAAUCACCAGUUACUGUAAUGACAACCUGAAGACCUCCCGCGUGGAGAGGAAAGACCUAGGCAGCGCACCAUGGCCGUCACGGCCCACCUGCUGCCUGCCGACGUGCAGCAGCUGCUCCACAACAAGUUCGUGGUCAUCCUGGGAGACUCUGUCCAAAGGGCCGUGUACAAGGACCUGGUGCUCCUGCUGCAGAAGGACCUCCUGCUCACUCCCACCCAGCUCAAGGCCAAGGGGGAGGAGAGCUUUGAACGGGACAAGCUGGUGGACGGAGGCCAGCGGGGCCCCAUGCACAACGGCACCCAGUACCGGGAGGUCCGCCAGUUCUGCUCCGACCACCACCUGGUGCGCUUCUACUUCCUGACGCGCGUGUACUCCAGCUACCUCGAGGCCAUCCUGCAAGAGCUGCAGUCCAGCCAGCACGGCCCCCCGGACGUGAUCAUCAUGAACUCCUGCCUCUGGGACCUCUCCAGGUACGGUCCGGACUCCUGGAAGAGCUACCUGGAGAACCUGGAGAGCCUGUUCGAGCGCCUGGGCCAGGUUCUGCCCGAGUCGUGCCUCCUGGUGUGGAACACAGCCAUGCCCGUGGGCAAGAAGAUCACCGCGGGCUUCCUCCCGCCGGAGCACCGGCCUGAGGAUUCCUCCCUGAGAGACAGAGUCAUCGCGGCCAACUUCCACAGCUCUGUGGAAGCGAAGAAACACGGCUUCGAUGUGCUGGACUUGCACUUCCACUUCCGCCACGCGGGGCGCCACCUGCAGCGGGACGGAGUGCACUGGGACCAGCUCGCGCACCGCCACCUCUCCCAGCUGCUGCUGGCCCACGUGGCCGACGCCUGGGGCGUGGAUCUGCCCCGGCGGUACCCGGUGGGCCCCUGGAUCCGGGAUGGCCCCGCGAGGCCCGGACCCGGCCGGGGAGUUGAGCGGCAGCCCCAGGCCAGCCCAGAUCAACCGUCCUUGCCUCCUGCCGGGUACCGCCCCCUGCUCCCACUUCCCCAUCUACCCCCGCCCCCGCCUCCCCUCCUGCCCUUGCCCCCACAUCCUCGCCCUUUUCCCUUUCACCCUGUGAUGACCAGAUUCCUGUUCGGUCCCCGAGAUCACUUUUCUGCCUCAGACCAUCCUUUCCAGUCCGAUCAGUUCUCCUCAAACCAUUUCCAUUCAGAUGUCCCCUCACCUACCCAGACAGGAUUUUCCUUUGAAGAUGAUCCCCAGCCACCCAGGCCCCCUUUCCCCACACCCUACCUGCAGCGGGCCCCUGUGGUUCAUAGGGGGUUUCCCCGGCAUCUACCUCGUGGCCCCUAUGUGCCCUGGGGUCGGCGGCCCAGAUCUUCCAAGAGACAGGCCCCAUCCCACCCACAGCCAAGGCCUCAAUAAACUGACUUGGGGGCCUUACUCCUCAUGGUGGACAUGGACUGGGCAGAUCAUCUGACUCUCCUGAAACAGCCUGACCUUGUUAACAGAAGCCUUUGGUCCCUGCUUGGACUUCUUUUUGGUCAUUGCUGUUACUAAUAAUGGCCUAGAAGAGCCCUUCAACCAUUUUUGUUGGCUGUGGCCUUUUCCUCCAAUCGCUGGCGGUGACCAAGCAUUAUUCCUGCCUCUCCACUCCCUGUCCUCUUUGUCUUUUUUGUAAACCUAAAAUUGAAAUAAAGAAGUAGUUUCACAAAAGUA